UUCUAGUAAGAUCUGGCAACACAUCCACUGCGUGCCAGCAGAUGGGCGGAAACUUUUGGCUCUAAAAUAUUACAUCUUUUUUGAAAAUGUACACGGAGCUGCUGGUAGAAAAUUUCUCGUCGUGAUAUAUUUAUUGGAUCUUUUUUUCUCCCGUCUUUCUUUUUUACCGGACUGCUUUAGGACAAAUUGCAGUCGCGCGCAUAGUAACGGGUUGUUUUUCACUAUGCGGCGUUCCCCGGGGAACGAAACUUCACUGCUGCUGCUGCACGCGAGCUUAUGAAACUGCAUCUCUGUCUUUUUCAGUUACACUUUGACACGUAAACGGACCGAAAACCUGCUCUUAAAACCACCUCUGGUCUUCAAGAGUCGCGUUAGCUGCGAAACACCGGCGUUACAAGCGGUGGUAUUUUAAUUAGCUUUCAAACCGUUUCUCGACAGACGUCAGAGCGUCAUGCAGUCCAAUGUUAAUACCGCAGUGUGUCCCGCCAGGCUUUCUGCGCUCAGUUCCAGCUCGAUAGUCGGAGGGACGCUGUAGCCCUUGGUCAAAAUGUAUGGAAAAGUUUUGUUCUCCUACUAAUGUGACAGCUUGCUAGGUUGUUUACUUGAGCUUAUCUGGAAAUGUCCAAGACACGCGAGGUGCUGCUUGUAGGGGAAGGCAACUUCUCUUUCUCGGCGGCUUUGAGCGAGAGCGACGGCGUCGGCGUGACCGCCACUUGCUUUCAAAGCGAGAAUCAAAUGCAUAGACAGGAGGGAGCCGUGGUGAACAUACAGCGACUCCGUGACAGAGGAUCAGUCGUCCUCUUUGAGGUGGAUUGCACAUGCCUAAAGGAGCACGAAACCAUUCAGCAUAGUCUAUUUGACUGCAUUAUCUUCAAUUUCCCUCACUGUGGGCGAAAAAGUGGUGUGAAGAAGAACCGCAUUCUGCUGGAGAAAUUUUUCCAAAGUGCCGUUGCAGUCCUGAAGGACAAUGGGGAAGUGCACGUCACCUUGUGCAAUGGCCAAGGCGGCACUCCGUGUGACAGUCCAAUGAGAGAAUGGCACAAUAGUUGGCAGGUGGUUGCCAUGGCAGCAGAAGCAGGGCUAAUUCUCAGUGAAAUCCGUCCCUUUGACUGUGAAGCGUAUCAAGGAUACCGAUGUACUGGUUACAGGAGUCAAGAUAAAGGUUUCCAUGUAGAGGGAGCUCUGACCCACAUCUUCAGUCGGAGUCUCCCGCACACCGUACCAGAAAAACUGAAAAUGGAGAAAACCAUUGGGAAGGAGACCGUUUGCUUUGAGCUUCCGGCAGAGUUGAGUAAUUAUAUGAACAGGGAUUUCCUUGGUCAGCAGUCACAUCAUCCAGUGAAAACUGUCCAGGAGCAGUUACUUAGAGAGCUAAAGUCAGUCUGGCCUGUGUGCACUAUGAAUGAAGACUUCUCAGAACUGGUAAGCUGCCUACCAGAAACGCCAGAGGCAUGUGACUCCACUCUGACCCACUCAGACGUCUACUGGAUUAAACCUACUGACACCUUUAUAUUUGACCAAAGCGAACAUGAGCAAAACGACUGUGAGUCUAUGGAUGACCAACAAAGCUUUACUGGCAGCUAUGCACUACGGCCAUCUCUGUUGCUGCAUGUCCAAGAGAUCACCCAGAAUGAGGACUUCACCCCUGGAACUCUUCACGCAGUCAGUGGCCUGGUCUUUCAGAGAGUGCCCAUCUCCCCGAGCCGUUCUCCUGCAUUCCACCAGCUUCUGUUGGUGGGAAUGUUCCCUGCAGAAUCCCAUCCUGUCCAGUGCUUCCAAGAUUGUUUGGAGUCACUACUUGCUUCUUAUGGCAUCUCCUUCGAAAAGGCGCAAACAGGCCUAGAGCAGCAUGUGUGGAUGAAUUCAAAGAUGCUUUCCAAGUUUGGGCGGAUUGCACAUCUACCUUCUUUUUCCUCAGCCCUCGAUGAAGAUUUACAGUUAAUCACUGUCUCGAUAAACUUGGAUCAUUUAGCUACCCUGAUUUUCGGCAUUUCUGACUGGCGCUUACUUUGGAGCUUCGAUCCUCGCUUUCUUAAGCAUUUCGAGCUUAAUCCACUUGGAUCUUUCAGCCCGUUCUCCCUUUACCCACCAAGCUACUUGCAUGAUAUCAGUUUCUGGAUGGAACCAGAAAGCUAUGAUGAACUAGAUUUCCACGCACUUGUGCGAGAGGUUUCUUGUGGUGCUGUUAAGGAUGUGGCAUUAGUCGAUCGUUUCAGACACCCACACAUGGGUCAUGCAAGCCUCUGCUAUAGGCUGACAUAUCAGUCGCCAGAUUGGGCCCUCUCACACAGCCAGGCAUUGGGACUACAGAAUCAGCUGCGGAGGCUGUUACCCCUGCGCCUGCAGGUCACGCUGAGGUGAUUGAAGACAAUGGAUCAAAUGGAUGAAUAAUCUCAGAUUUAAAUUUUUAAGGAUGAGGGUUAACUUUAUAGAUCAGAAGAGUGAGUCUGUUUAUUUAGAUUGAUUUGUUCUGCAGUUUUUUUUUUUUAUGAAUAAAGAAAAGAGAGGUUAAAUUUUAGCAAAUACAAUGGUUAUUAUUCCCUUUUAUUUAAAACUGACAUAUCAAACUAUUUGAACUAAAGGGAUUUUUUGUUCCUGUGUUUGAAAUCCUAUCAUGUUUACAUAUUGCUCAUUAUGGUAAUUGAUACAAUUUUUACAAUUUUAAAUAUUGUGGAUUUAAGAUAUAUCAAAGAAAUGUUUACAAAUUUCAGUAGUACUGUUACUUUGCAAUGAGGAAAGAAAAAGGAAAUAUUACAAAUUGCAUCCUCUCAUAUAUUAAUUGAGUAUGCAUGUUUAGGAAUCUCUUUCAGUUAAGAUGUAAUUAACUGCAAGUCAUUUCACCUGAUGCAAAAAAUUUACUUAAAUAUUUUUCUAGUUUCUUUGUUUGGCACGUGUUUACAUUAUCUUUAAAGCUGCAUUUGAUACUGUGAUGUUUCUGGAGUGUCUAUGAUUAUGUUUAUGAUCAUUUGUGACUGUAAAUUGUUAUAUUGCUAUAUAAUUAGACUAAAGGGUGAAGUGUGUCAUUUCUCAAACAAAUAGAAUUGCAAAAAUAAUGGCUUUUAUCACACAGAUUACCUGAAACUUAACCUGUUUUCCAUUGUUUGGUCAAACAUUGUUGGACUGGUUGGGAUGCUCAAACUGCUGGAAUAUCCUGCUGAUUAAGUCCAAAAAAGGUAAACAUUUUAUCCUGGGUCAUUCCUGAACCCGAAAAGACUGGCUUGAAUGCCAUAUAUAAAUAAAUGAUAAGAAUUUCAUUUACAACUCCUGCAGAGUUUAGCUCCAACCCUAAUCAAACACACCUGAACCAGCUAAUCAAGGUCUUACUAGGCAUACUAGAAACAUCUAGGCAGGUGUGUUGAGGCAAGUUGAGCUAAACUCUGCAAGACAGUGGCCCUCUAGGACCAAGUUUGGUGACCCCUGUCUUAGACUCAUCAUGGCAAAUAUCUAAAAACAAGUGCACGCUAGGUGCUGAGUCCAACAAUUGCAAAUGUAACAUUCAAAAUGUAAAACACGUUCUGUCAUUAAAUUUUUUUUUUGAACAUUGA